UUUUUUUCUUUCUUCUAACAGAGUAUGUAAUUUCAAAACGCAAACACAAGAAACUGGACCGUGUUUGUGCAAUCAAUUUAAUUGAAAAAAGUAUCCGGAGUUAACCAUUUGAAGAAGGACAGACUAAAUCACCAGCAACCAUGUCUUCGAGUCUACUUACUAAUUACUGCGCCGAACUCCAUGACGAUCAAGAACAUAAACUGGACAAGUAUUUGCACCAUCUGCAGCUGUCUGAUGAAAUAGUGAUGGAUAUAUCAGUGAGAUUUCGACGAGAAAUGGACAAAGGUCUUUGCCGAGACACCAACCCCACGGCUGCUGUAAAGAUGCUGCCAACGUAUGUACGCUCAACUCCAGAUGGAACAGAACAAGGAGAAUUUCUAGCGCUUGACCUAGGUGGAUCCACCUUCCGAGUGCUUCUGGUUACAGUUAUGGGUAAUGGAGAGCCAAGAGUGGACAUGGAAGAUCAGAUUUAUGCUAUUCCUGAACAUCUCAAGAGAGGCUGUGGAUCUGAGUUAUUUGACCAUAUAGCUGAAUGCCUGGCUAAUUUCUUGGAGAAGUUGGGAAUAAAGGACAAAAGGCUUCCCCUGGGCUUUACCUUCUCUUUUCCUUGUCAACAGAGCAAGUUGGAUGAGAGUGUAUUGAUUUCCUGGACCAAAGCCUUCAGGGCAGGCGGAGUAGAAGGAAAAGAUGUUGUCAACCUCCUGCAGAGAUCUGUAAAAAAACGAGGGGACAUCAGUGUUGACAUUAUGGCUGUCAUUAAUGACACAGUGGGAGCUAUGAUGACCUGCGGCUAUGAUGAUCAUAACUGUGAAAUUGGUCUCAUCGUAGGAACGGGGACAAAUGCCUGUUACAUGGAACAAAUGAGGAACCUUGAGGUGCUGGAUGGUGAUGAGGGGCAGAUGUGUGUCAAUACAGAGUGGGGUGCUUUCGGAGAUGACGGUGCCUUGGAGGACCUGCGCACACAUUUUGACAGAGAAAUAGAUGCUGGCUCUCUUAACCCUGGCAAACAGCUUUUUGAAAAGAUGAUCGGUGGAAUGUACAUGGGAGAACUGGUACGUCUCAUCCUUGUGAAAAUGACCAAAGACCAGAUUCUUUUCCAAGGCAAGACUACACCCCAGCUCCUUAUGACUGGAAAGUUCCUAACCAACUACAUCUAUUGCAUCGACAGUGACAACAAAGAGGAAGGUCUCCUGAGUGCUCAAAAGGUACUCCGGGACCUCGGCAUCGAUCCAACCUUAGAAGACUGCGUCGCCACUCAGAGAGUGUGUCAAAUUGUUUCCACGCGAGCUGCGCAUUUGUGUGCUGCCACUCUCGUGGCAGUCCUCCGGCAGAUCAGGGACAACAAAGCAGCUGAGAAGUUGCGCACCACCAUUGGAGUGGAUGGAUCUGUGUACAAAAAUCAUCAAGAGUUUUCUCGGAGGCUUCACAAGAUGGUCCGGAGGCUAGUGCCUGACUGUGAUGUGCGCUUUUUGAGGUCUGAGGUUGGAAGUGGGAAAGGUGCAGCCAUGGUAACAGCUGUGGCUUUACGUCUUGCUGCUCAGAAUGCUGAGCGUCAGCGCAUCCUUGACACCCUGCGAUUGGAUCAUGAGCAGCUGAUGGAAGUGAAAAGGCUAAUAAGUGACGAUAUGGUACGAGGCUUGUCUAAGCAAGCACACAAUCAAGCUAGCAUUAAAAUGCUGCCAACAUUUGUCGGCUCAACUCCAGAUGGGUCAGAACAUGGAGAUUUCUUGGCUUUGGACCUUGGCGGCUCUAGUUUUAGAGUGCUACUUGUGCAUGUGCGAAGUGGCAAGACACAUGUUGAGAUGCGCCAUAAGAACUAUAAUAUUCCACAGGAGAUAAUGCAGGGCACAGGAAAAGAGCUUUUUAGCCACAUUGUCAACUGCAUGGCAAACUUUUUGGAAAAUAUGGGUAUGAGAGGAGCAUCCUUACCUUUGGGAUUUACAUUCUCCUUCCCCUGUCACCAAAGCAAACUGGAUGAGGGCAUUCUUCUGAAAUGGACAAAAGGCUUCAAAGCUAGUGGUUGUGAAGGACACGAUGUUGUCACGUUACUUAUGGAUGCUGUGCGAAGCCAAGGGGAAUUUGACUUGAGCUUUGUGGCAGUUGUUAAUGAUACAGUAGGAACCAUGAUGACUUGCAGUUAUGAGGACCCCAAGUGUGAGGUGGGACUCAUUGUUGGCACAGGUACCAAUACCUGCUACAUGGAGGAGAUGCAGAAUAUAGAAAUGGUUGAUGGUGAUGACGGACGCAUGUGUGUCAAUAUGGAAUGGGGAGCAUUUGGUGAAAAUGGCGAACUGGAUGAUAUCCUCACAAUCUUCGAUCGUGAUGUUGAUGCUUCCUCAAACAAUCCUGGGACACAGAGGUAUGAAAAGAUGAUCAGUGGCAUGUACCUUGGAGAGAUAGUGAGACAUGUGCUAAUAGAGUUUACUGCAAGGGGUUUACUGUUUCGAGGGAAACUGUCUGAGCGACUCAAGACCUGGGGCAUCUUUGAGACCAAAUUCCUAUCACAAAUUGAAAGUGACCGUCUGGCCAUGCGUCAAAUCCGUUGCAUCUUGCAGCACCUUGGCCUUACCAGCUCAACAUGCGAUGACAGUGUCCUCGUUAAGGAGGUUUGCAGCGUUGUCUCCCGUCGGGCAGCACAGCUGUGCGGUGCUGGUUUGGCUGCUGUGGUUGAUAAAAUAAGACGGAAUCGUAAUUUGCAGCAGCUCACGGUUACAGUUGGAGUUGAUGGUACCCUUUAUAAGAUGCACCCUCAUUUUGCAGGGGUCAUGCAAGAGACAUUGCAAGAUUUGGCACCACAGUGCAAGGUGACGUUUCAUAAGUCAGAAGAUGGAAGUGGCAAAGGAGCAGCACUCAUAACUGCAGUCGCCUGUAGAAUUAGGAGUAAUAGCCCAAACUAAUUUUCCGUACCUUGUAGAGCUGUUAUGUUUGAAUACAGUGCUUUUAGAAUUAUUUUAUCCAUCCAGCCAUCCCUCAUCCCCCUAUCCUUCUCUCUGUUACGUAAUGAGAACCUACAAAACAAAAUUUUGUUGUUAAAUGAAGAGACUAUUGAAUAAAUGCUACUUGCCCAAGAUCCAUCCUUCUCUCCGAAAACACAAAAAAAUGAAAAACGCUGUGAACCACGUGAUCAAGACUGCAGCCAAACAGGGAUUAGUGUUCCCUUGCUGUCUAAAUGUGGAGUUACGGAGCCACGCACAAGCCUCUACAUAUGCAUUUGCAAAUCGCCUCACUCUUUGUGACGCUUGUAUGGCAGGACUGUAGCAAAAGUCAUAUGUGAGAGUAUAGCCACUUGAGAGACUCUGUCUAUUACUGUUUAUGACCCAAAUAUUGUUGUUUAUUUGAUAGUGUUUAAUGAUGAAAAAAAAAAAAAAAAAUCAACAGUUCAGCAAUAUCACAUGAGAGGGAUUGAUGCUAUACUCUUUUAGAAACUGAUUCAGUUACUGUUUGGUCAUCUUCCAAAGUCAAAGCAGAUGUUUGCAAAUAAUUUGUUUAAUUCCAUUAAUAAGUAAUUACUUGUUGAUUAAUUUGAGUUCUUGACUUCUACACCUUGUCUGGCUGCACAGAUUACGAAUGUUAAUGUAUCUAUACAUUGCUAUCAACUUUA